AUGCAAUUACAGAUGCAAAUCUUUGUUAAAACCCUCAUUGGAAAGACCAUUACUCUCGAUGUCAUGAGUUCCAACACCAUUGACAAUGUUAAAGCAAAGAUUCAAGACAAAGAAAGAAUUCCCUCGGAUCAACAAAGAUUAGUAUUUGCUGGAAAACAAUUUAAGGAUGAUCAUACACUUGCUGAUUACAAUAUUCAAAAGGAGUCCACCAUUCAUCUCGUCUUGAGUCUUUGUGGAGGUUAUAGGGAAGAUGAAGUUUAUCCUAUCAUUGUUAGGACAUAUAAGGGGGAGAAGUUUACCUUAGAAGUCAGGACUAGCUUUACAAUUGAAAAUGUGAUAAAAACGGUCCAAGAAAAAGGAGAUUAUAAAGAUAGGCUACAUAUGUUAUUAGAUGGUCAACAUCUAGAAUAUGAGAAAAGUCUUUCUAAUUAUCAUAUCCGAAAAAAUUGGACACUACAUCUUAUACGCCGAUAGAAAGUAAAAUUAUAGAUCCUUGUUAGGACCUUGA